AUGAACCCACCUCCUGGAUUAGGUGAUGAUGAUGAUAAUGAAAUUGGCCCACCUCCUGGUAUUGAUAUACCAUAAAAGAAGAAGUUUAAUGUGAAUAAAAAACAGAGUCAAUAAUUUUAAUAAACUUCAUUGGAAUCAUUAAAUUUGGAAUUGAAAGUCUCAGUUUAGGAUUAAUAAUUCGAUCAAGUAAUAUCAUUCUGAAGAAUUAGAUUCCAAUUAGUGAAGAUUAUUUAGAGCCUUCUAUGAAUAAUCUUAUAGCAUUUAAUGGGUAUUUGUGUGAUACAGCUGGAUCAGAUUCAUUAGCAAUUUGGGAUAAGGAAAUGAAAUUGAAAAAAGAAUACAAGGGAUUAAUAGAGAAUAUGCCUUAUUAAUUGGUGGCAGUUUAUGAUAAAAUCUAUUUAAUAUUUGGAGACAUUUUAAUGAUGAUUGAACCUGAAACCAACAAAAAGACAAUUUUGAUUGAAUAAGCACUUACAGCAUUUUGUGUAUCAGAUCAUCCUAAUCCAAGGUAGUGUCAUAUACAUACCUAGAAUCAUAGGUGUCUAAGAUGGGGAACUUAUGUUAUGGAGAACAUCCAAUUUAGGAAAACCUAAUUAAAUGGAACCCAAAUAUAAUAAUAUCUAACCAAAAACAAACAAAUUAAUUGAAUUAUAAAAAGUGUUAUCUGAGAAAUUUGAUGAUUGUGAUGAUUUACUUAUGCUACAAAAUGGAUUAGUAUUUGGUAAAUAAAAAAAGGUAGGCGAAGUCUUUAUUAUUGAUUUUGUAAAUGAUUAAUUGGAAGAACUAUAAACUACAUAUGGUUGUGCAGUAACAUGUUGGACACCCAUCUCAUAUGAUUCAGUAGCAUUUGCUUCAAAUGGAUAAAUUGUGAUUACUAAAUUCUAAUCUAAUAAAUAAGCUGUAGUUUAAAUAAUUUUAAAUUCAUCAAAAGAUGAUAUUCAUCAUGGUUUAUGUUAUACAAAUAAUCAACUAUUUUCUAUUAGUAAGAAUGCAGUAGUGACAAGUUGGAAUAUAGUAUUGGGAACAAAAAUAAAGACUUUUGAAGUAAAAUUUUGUCCUGGUGUUUAUUCUUUAAUUACAAUGAAUUAAGAAAUCAUAAUUGCUGAACAUAAAGUUAAAAAAGAUUUCAUUAUAUUAAAUACUAAUUUAGAUAAGCAAUUCUUUUAUAAGGCUAGAGUAAAAUAAGUCUUACAUUGUUGUUCAAGUCCAAAUUAAUAAUUUCUAGCUGUUGUUCAAAAAUGUGGAUUACUUUAUGAUGAAGAAGUUAUUUUUCAUAUAGAAAUAGAAAUCUAUCCCUUUGACAAUAAAUUAGAAUUUUAGAGAAGAAAAGAGAUUGAUAAUCUUGAAAUAAAGAGUGUUAUGUUUCUUAAUGAUUCUACUAUACAAUUUAUUCUCAAGAUCUCAAAGAGUGUUUAUCCUCUACUGGUUAAAUGGAACUUUAUAAACAAUGAUUAUAAUGAAUUAGAGAUGUUAGUUGAAAAAUAUAAGAGUUGUCAAUUAUAUUAGAAUCGUUCUGUAUUUAGUUAUGAUUUUCUUAAUCCUCCUUCUCAAUAAUUCAAUCUCUUUGCACCUAAAAGAGUCGAUGAUUAGAAUCAAAGUACUGGCAUUAGUGUAUAUGAUGAAAACAUUAAACGUUUAUUGAAGAUUUAAUUUUAAUAGUAAUUCAAUGCUGAUGUAUUUGGUAUGCCAAAUCCAGAUCUAUUGUAUGUUCUAAAUAAUAAAAAUCAGAUAGAAGUAUGGGAUGUUAUGACAUGUUAAUAGAUUUAGAAAGGUAUUUCUGUAUAUUUUGAUUAAUAGCUGAUUGUAGACCAAGCAUUAUCAAAUAAAUUAGAUUUUCUUAAUAGUAUUUAUUUUUAAAUGCUCAAUCGGAAUGGAUAAUAAGAGAUUUGAAAUUAGCAUAAAUCUGCAAAAUAAAGGGAGACAUAAUUAAUAAAUGUCUAUUUUUAGAUAAAAAAUGUGUGAUUAAUUAGAAAUAAAACUUAUAUGAAUGGGAUUUGUCGAAUAAUCAAUGCAGACAAAUUCCAUUAUUUAAAGUUUAUGAUUUUUGCAUUAUUUAAAAUAAGAUAUUAGCAAUUGGUGAAUCAACUAUAAAGUUAAUUUGA